UUAUUUUUUUUUUUUUUUUCACUCUUUUUGGUCUCAUUUCUCGGUUAAUUAUUUUCACUUUAUUUUUUGCAGGCUGAAAUUACCUCUGCUUUCAGGCAACCUGUAGAAUACCGCCCCACCGUUUUUUUCGACGCCUGAAAUUCAGAGGCGGCCAGUUUCAUUUUCUCAGUAAACAAACACUUAUAUUUUUUCUCUCCAUGUUAUUGUGAUUUUUCUUGAACUGUUUUUGGGUGUUCAAGGGCACUAUCUGAGCUCAAAUGUGAAAAGGGUCUGACACAGGACAGUCUAAGUUUUGUAGUGUUGAAAGAAUUAUUUGGAGCGUGGGAGUUACAGUCAGAGUUGCUCGUGUGAGUGUCUGACUUGUAGAAUAUCAAGCUCGUUAACGCCAGUGGUGGUUUUAUGAAACUGUUGGUUUAUGAAUGGAAGCAAGAGACGGCAUGAGCACCGGAGUUACUGUGAUAGGAGCAGAAGCUCCAUCGGCUUAUCAUGUAGCACCAAGGACCGAAAACCUUAGUCAGAAUCCGGCUGCCGGUUCACCAGCACUGGCUGCGGAUUCACCUGUUAGCGGGGGAGUGGCCGGAACAACGGGAAAGAAGAAGCGAGGUAGACCAAGAAAGUAUGGACCGGAUGGGUCGGUCGCUGCGGCAUUAUCACCGAUGCCAAUUUCAUCUUCGGCUCCACCUGGAGGCAACUUCCCGGCCACGAAGCGUGGGAAAGUGCGGCCUAGUGGUUUGGAGUAUAAACAGCAUAAAAAAAUGGGAAUGGAAAAUUUUGGAGAGUUGAAUGCAUGUUCUAUGGGUACAAGUUUCCUGCCCCAUAUCAUCACUGUCAAUGCUGGAGAGGACAUUACAAUGAAGGUUAUAUCAUUUUCUCAACAAGGACCUCGAGCUAUUUGCAUCUUAUCUGCUAAUGGAGUAAUUUCAAAUGUUACACUUCGACAGCCUGAUUCUUCUGGGGGUACUUUAACAUAUGAGGGACGUUUUGAGAUACUUUCCUUGUCUGGAUCUUUUAUUCCUACAGAGACUCAAGGAACAAGGAGCAGGUCAGGUGGAAUGAGUGUCUCUUUGGCAAGCCCUGAUGGUCGUGUUGUCGGGGGAGGAGUUGCUGGACUUCUGGUAGCUGCUAGUCCAGUGCAGGUCGUGGUAGGUAGUUUUCUACCAAGCAGCCAGCAUGAGCAGAAACCAAAGAAGCAGAAGAAUGAGAACAUCCAUGCUAUUGUUACACCAGCUACCACCAUAGCGGCUAUGGUACCUGAUUUCAAUGCUGAAAAUGAGGAGGGCCUGGGAGGAAAUGGACAGCAAAAUUCUAGCACCCCAAUACCAAACCUUGCUUCUCCGUCCUUCCGACGAGACAACUGGCCUAUCAUGCACACUAUGCAGGAAUCUAGAAACUCUGCAACUGAUAUCAAUAUAUCCUUACCUGGAAAUUAACGUGAUUAGCUGCAAUCAAGGAUUAUUCUGGAAGUCAAUUGCUGACUAUAUUGUUUCCUGAUCUUGAUCUUUUACAAUGCAUCAACGAGUCUUGCUUCAAAUAUCUAGAUUUGCCUUUGAAAGUUAUUGAUUGUUGUAAUAGGAGGAAGUAGGGUAACCGUUUCUGAACUUCCAUCUAGGUUGAUACGUUUCUGAUGGUAGGGUAUCUGAUUUGUAGGCUAAUUAUGAAGGUUUCUGCAGGUGCUAUGAGUAAGAUCUUUGGAUUCAAUUGCAAA